CACAACCUCCUCCGCUGCACUCACGCGCAGAAAAAAAUCUUUUAUUAAAAAAAGACGUCGCCUCAUAGAUUUGAUAACAGUCCGACAAACGAAAAUUAUGAUUAAACAUGUCAUUUUAAUAUAACAUGUGUUAAAUGUGAUAUACUAUCGUGAUUAAUACUGGUGUUGUGGAUUCUGUGAUUUUUGAAUCAAUGAUAAAUAUGGAAAGACACCAAAACGGGAUGGAUGUGUGGGUAGGUCAAGGCAGAGUAAAUCAAUUAGGAGGGUUAUUCAUCAACGGGCGCCCUCUACCGAACCACAUCAGACUGAAGAUUGUGGAGAUGGCGGCUGCGGGAGUAAGGCCUUGUGUCAUCUCACGACAGCUUCGCGUCUCACAUGGCUGUGUCUCCAAGAUACUUAAUAGAUACCAGGAGACCGGGUCAAUAAGACCUGGAGUGAUUGGUGGGUCCAAGCCGAGGGUUGCUACGCCGGAGGUGGAAGCUAGGAUAGAAGACCUCAAGCGACAAAACCCCGGUAUCUUUUCGUGGGAAAUCCGGGAAAAGCUGUUGAAAGAAGGCGUAUCAGACCCACCAAGCAUAUCCUCUAUAUCACGUUUACUCCGAGGAGGUGCAAGAGAUCCAGAUGGAAAGAAAGACUACAGCAUCGACGGGAUUCUAGGAGGUCGAGGAUCUGACUCCUCGGAUAUCGAAUCGGAACCAGGUCUGACCCUGAAACGCAAGCAGCGACGGUCCAGAACAACCUUCACGGGUGAACAGCUGGAUGCCCUGGAAAGAGCGUUUCAUCGGACACAGUAUCCUGAUGUGUAUACUAGAGAGGAACUUGCAUUGCAGACCGGUCUUACUGAAGCCAGGAUACAGGUGUGGUUCUCAAAUCGUCGAGCAAGACUUCGAAAACAUACGGGUUCAAAUACACCCACGCUAUCAUCGUACUCGUCCUUACCGAUGCCUCAAUUACCAUGCCCUUAUCCAGCUGGGGACAUUCCUUCAUUGUCACAACAUCAUCCCCAACAUCCAGACGCUUGGCAUCAUCAAAAAUAUUCAAAUUAUAACCAACUCAUGGCCCAAUCGCAACAUCUCAAUCAAGCUUUUCAAUCUGCCAAUUUCCCAAGUACUUCGGGUGCAACGUUCACCCAUUUAGUGGGAGGUGGCGCACCACCAACGCACAGUCAACUUAUGGACGCUAGUUCAAGAAAUGAUUACGGAAGAUAUCCAACUGAUGUGUAUAACAAACCUAUUAGCUAUCUUCCUAAAGAUGUGGAAACUAGUGAUAAAGUGACAUCUGAAGAAGUAAUAGAGCCAAGAGAGGAAUCGUAUGCGAAAGCUACAACGGAUGAGUAUAAAGAACUAGCUAAUGAUUAUCCUAAAAUACCAGCUGAUUACUCAAAAAUAUCAGAACCAUCUCCUUCUAAUUGGAGUCCUUCACAUAACACUUUGAACAUGGGUCUGACUGGAAUUCCCAGUGAUUAUAAGUAUAUGAAUGACCCUUAUGCAUUUUCCAAUGUACCAGAUCCAUUAAGCCAACACGCUUAUCAGAAUUCUUCUAAUCCAUCCAAUAAGUACUGGAUUUGACAUAGGCUUUCUUUAUUUAAAUAUUUAAUUUAAGAAAUAAUGAUACUAUUAUUUUCAUAUAUCACAUUUAAGUUAGGGAACUUAAAGUUAUUUAAAGACUAAGUAGAAUUAGACAAUGAUCAUAGUAAUUUAUGUUAUAUUUAAGUCUGUAAAUUUAUUUAUAUUUUUUAAGUAAGAUGUUAAAAUAUUACCUCUGUUACGUGCAUUCCUUUUCAAUAGGUACCUAUUUUAAUACCAAAACUUAGAAUAAUUAAAAGUCAUUAGUGAAAUAAAGUUACAUUACUGAAUU